AUGACUCGCCCCCCACCAGGCGUGAGCUUCGCGCAAUUCUUUCCCAAUGCCCCGAAAGUGAGAGCCGAGGCGCAGGGCCGGAAUGAUCGCGACAGAACAAGCCAAAUAUCCGAUCAUGUCGAUUCAUCCGCAUUCAGUGCUUUGACACAUGACACCGGGUCCGUCGCUCUCUCACGGUCGCAAGUGAAUGGGGGCGGCGCGAUGCCGACAAGCCAGGGCGCUGAUGACUCUCCGCUUGGUGACAUGCCCAGCACUGUCGACUCUAUUAGCUCACACACAAGCUCUUCGUCAUCGGUUUUUAGCAAUGCUGCGGCUCGGGUACCCAACUUAGGCACUUCUCGUGUCUCCUCUCACCUUCCCGCCGUUUCUUCACCUCUUUAUCACUCCAAUUCGACAAAUACAUUUCCGCAAGGGUCAAUACCUCCACAGGCUGAAAGAUCCGUGAAUGGGGCUGAGUUAGGAUCUCGUCCUGCGCCUGCCGAUAUUCCGAGAAUAGAGCGUGAGGUAGCGCGGGAGGUCGGGUCUUCAGUCAAGGGCAGAAAAUGCACAUACGACCCGAUCCUCGACCGCCUACGCAACAGAGCUGUCAGCAAGACGGCGAAACCCACUUACAAAGAGUUCGGCUUCGACGAUGUUUCUGCGCCCCAAGAUCCACGUCUAGCAAAAGGUGGCCGCUUAGGAUACAUCAACACCGACUUCUAUUUGCCACGAGCGCGCUUCUGUCCGGCUCCGGAAAACUUGAAGCCUUACCCCUAUGACCCCAAAACUUCUAUUGGCCCCGGGCCUCCGACACAAAUUGUCGUCACAAAAUACAACCCGCUGAUCCCUUUCAAUAAAGUAACAGCCAUCUUCGCUACAUUCGGCGACAUUGCUGAGAGUAGCAACAAGAUGCACCCUGAAACAGGGAGCUACCUAGGCUUCGCUACUAUCCGGUACCGUGACUCUAAACGAGCCGAUCGACCCUCAAUAACUGCUAUCGAUGCAGCCCGUCGAGCCGUUCAGGCUCGUGGGAUCAAAGUCGACUCCGAAAUGGUGAAGGUCGAAUAUGACCCUGAGGGCCGAAGGAGUCGCAGGAUGCUUGAGGGUCACUUACGCCGUGAACGAGAAAAACUCGAGAAAGAGAGGGAGAAGUUAACACAGGCUGCACUUGCUGCAAAAGCGGCCGCGGACCUCAAGUUAUCCACCAACUCCUUUGCUCGGCCACCACCAACGGGUCCAAAAGCGCCAGCUACUUCGCGAACCUCGCAGCCACCGGUUACACAAGCACCCCCGCCUCCUGCGUCUAUGAGUCGUGCUCCGGCGAGCCUCGAGCCGAAAGAUCUCUCUACCCAACUUGCGAACGAUCCUUACAUCUUUAUCGAUUGUCAGAGUGUUCCCUUACUUACGAGCAUCUUGCCGCAUAUGAAGAAGCGACUAAAGAACUAUGCAUUCGACGAUAUUCGGAUCGAUAAAACUGGCUAUUAUGUCAUUUUUAGCAACUCCUUUACUGGAAAAAUGGAGGCCGAGCGUUGCUUUCGAGCUGUUAAUCAUACUGAGUUCUUCACUUACAAUAUGUCCAUGCAGCUAUGCUUGCCGAGAACCCGAGCUGCAACGCCUGUGGAUCGCAAAAGAAGCCCGAGUCCUGAGCGCAACAGCCGCCGGGCACAACAGCUUAAAGCCGAGGAGGAUGCAGCUCGACGCCGACGAGAGGAAGAAGCCGACAUUGAAGAAGAGAAGAAACAAAGAGCUAAAAACUUUGAUCCCGUCAUGGAGGCCGUCCAGGUUGUGCAGCGAGAGAUGAUGGAGCAUUUGAUUCGUCACAUCCGAACGCAAGUUGCAGCUCCCUCUCUAUCAGACUUUCUCGAUCCAGUCAACCACGCUGCGAAGCGCCGUCAGCUCAACAUCGACGUUGCUGAGGAAGAAGACGAUGCUACAAUGACAGAUGCGUUUGACACUUCCAGAAUGGGAACCCCGAACUCGCGCGCGGAUCCUAUUGAGCGCAGGACUGGUCGAUUCGAAGCCAAGGCAUUGCCGAAAAUUCGCAAAUCCAAAGCCAAAGGAACAGCCUAUCGCAGUACAUUUGUCGAUCCGUUCUCGCGGAAAAGAGCUCCUGUUUCACGGCCGGCAUUCAGAUCCCUACAUCACCGCCUCAAAAGCUUCGACAGCGAUUUUGAGUCAGAUGAUGAUACUGAUGCAAAGACACUCGCGGCAGCUGAGGCGGAGGCAGCCGCGUCUCGCCCACAGAGCCGCAUGAGCACGGAUGAAGAUAAUUGGGCUCCUGGUGAAGAAGACUCCAUGACAGAAGCCAGCUUAGCAGUAGUCGACAAAUCUCUCUCAAAGAAGCGCAAGCUUGUUUCAGCUGCUGAUAUGGCAUCGAAGCGUCAAAAGAAGCUAGAAGAGGAUUCUUUCGUGGCCAAGUUUGACGAGGUCAAGAGUGAACUUUCAGAAGAUAUCGGCGCCGAAGCUGAUGUAGCGGACGAUAAUGACAGCAGUCUUUCGAGAUCGCAAACGCCGCUAUCCAGCAUUGCCAAGGGAGCAAAGAAGAAGUCUGUCAAGCCCAGGUCAUCCAUGGCCAAACAGGCAUUGGAAGAGCAAGCGAAAUGGCCCCAGAACGCUGAGGAUGACGAAACCCCCGAGCCCCAAAGUCUACCCAAGAAGUCCAUCCCAACGCCACGAGAACCGCAAAAAUAUGACGAGCAUCUCUUUUCGGCAGAACCGCUUUCCAAAGCAUUUCCCCUGCCGGAUAACUUCAAGCCUGACAUUUCCGCUCUUGAGCUUCUGCACCUCGGCGCUAAAGAUGGCCCUGAUCUGGCAAAGCUAGGAAGAAAGUUCCAGACGGCCGAGAUUGGCAGCGCUGAUCUCUGGCUUUGGCAGAAACAGCGCAUUCGAGAACUCAAUGCGCGCGACCCAUCUGCGCAUAAGCCAUUGUCCAUCAGUGGAUACUAUGUUCCAAAUCCUACGGGCUGUGCACGGACAGAAGGCGUCAAAAAGAUUCUCAACUCUGAGAAGUCGAAGUAUCUGCCUCAUCAUAUCAAGGUACAGAAGGUGCGCGAAGAGCGGGAGGCUCGCAUCAAGAAUGGCAAAGACUCCACUCCUACUACAGCGGAAGCUUCCAAGAUUGCAGCGGAUAAGUUGAUCGCUAAGGGCAACUCGAGAGCUAACCGAGCAACCAAUCGCCGAUAUGUUGCGGACUUGAACGAUCAGAAGAAGACUCUUGGGCAAGACUCUGAUGUGUUCAAGUUCAACCAGCUCAAGAAGCGGAAGAAGCCUGUCAAGUUUGCCAGGUCUGCUAUUCAUAAUUGGGGCUUGUAUACCAUGGAAGACAUCCACAAGGAUGACAUGAUUAUUGAGUAUGUGGGCGAAGAAGUCCGACAACAAAUUUCCGAGAUUCGUGAAAAUCGAUAUCUCAAGAGUGGCAUCGGCAGCAGUUACCUAUUCCGUAUUGAUGAGAACACCGUCAUUGAUGCCACCAAGAAGGGCGGCAUCGCACGGUUUAUUAAUCACAGCUGCAUGCCGAACUGCACAGCCAAGAUUAUCAAAGUCGAGGGCAGCAAGCGCAUUGUCAUCUACGCACUUCGUGAGAUUACAAUGAACGAAGAACUGACAUACGACUACAAAUUCGAACGCGAAAUUGGUAGUUUGGAUCGAAUCCCAUGUCUAUGUGGCACUGCAGCAUGUAAGGGAUUUCUCAACUAG